AACGUUGAAGCACCCCAAACCGCCCGUAUUUGAAACGCCAAUGCACGAUCCGGAGGGAGCUGCAUUGCCCAGGAGAUCUCUAAUCCGCUUUCAAAGCCUAUAACCAGAAGUCGAGCUCGACCUGGUCAGUUGAGUACCUUGAGCAGAUCCAGUAUUGAUCGCCAACGCUGUCACCGUCUACGUCUACUCUCAACCCAUCGGGUGGGUUUGUUUGCCGGCUCCCGUUCUCCAAGACCCUGCAGCUAACCGUGAAGCACUUUGAUUUUAGGAGGCAAAGUCAAGAUAGUAACAUCGAACUCAAACGUCUAUCUACCAGCCCCAUCAUUCGCCAACCGCUCUGCCUUGCAGCGACAAGGACCCUACGAACAAAUACAAAGACACAACAGCGCUCUUUAGGCGCCCUCACAGAAGCCCUUGACUUUGAGAACUGACGUCGACGUAGUCCUGGUCUCCUGGAGCCCUGCGCGCCCUGGUCGAUCAUCGCUCCACUCAAGCAAGCUCUCCUCUGUUCAAGCGAAUGAAACGCCGCAGCGCCUAGCCCACACUGCUGCCACCUCUGGCUGGGCCAGGUGAUUUGAAGAUUGGAAUGUCACAACACCCCGCGACGACUUGCAGUCCCCAAUCACUACCUUUUGGCGCUCCCGCCGCUCACUACUCAUCCCUGCACGAGCUCUACCUUGCCUUAGGCCUCCCGACCUGGCCUGACCUGACCUGACCUGGAGCUCUCCUGCUGCCAUCGAUACAUACCCUGGGUUAGUUAGUAGCUUAGGUAGCUAGCAGUGGGAUAGCUGCUGGUCUCACGACUGCCAAGUACCUCGACCUGCGUUGAGUUUGAUAUUCGCGCUUACACUCGACUUAAACCAUCUACAGCACCAAAUCUUUCUCGGUAACCUCUCUGGGCUCCUUUGGCGCUGCAUCUGCGCUAAAAGCUACGCUACUUGCGCCGCCAGGCACGGGUCGUUCCCACCACUUCCCCAUUCCUUGCCCCCUCAAGGCCCCAAAGGCUCGUGCCCGUUGGUGGUCUCUCUGGUGGCCUCUGCUGGUGUCUUUGGGGUGCCCUUUCUGGCGUCUCUGUUGACUGUCUCGGCCGUCAUCUCGUUCCAGGUGGGGCCCUUUUUUUGUGCCUCCGCCUAGGCGUCACCUGUGCCAAUCUAGGUACUGCUCCUCCGUCGUUGCACCACGAGGCUCUCCUCCUUCACUAUUUCCAUCGCCGCUCGAACCCGCCUCCGACGCCGACGCCGACCUUGUUCCAAACGCCUAGACGCUGGCGCGCACAACUUUACAGGUGCAGAUGUUACUUGUCGCCUGCCACCGUCAUACAAGUCGCUUUUCAUCUUGAACCGCCAUCCUGCUGCUCCUCUCGCGUCUGUCACCUUGGACCACGACCCUGCAUCUGAGCACCAACAAGAAUUGUCCGCCCAUAAAACACCCCGCCCACCACAUCUUCUACCGUCUUUCGCGAAACCGAGACAUUUCGUGUUCUUCUGUCAAAGAGGAGAAACUUUCAAAAGAAACGGCAUUUCUCUCGUUCGUCUUUGCGACAAGCUGCAGCGUUCUUCCAAUCAGCACCCCCGCCUUCACCCGACCGCCUACCGCAGCCCGACCAACGUUUUUCGUGACCGAUAGCAAAUAUGGCAGGGUUAUUCCAAAGGGUCUACAAUUGGCUCAUGCGCAUGUUCUGGUAAGUAGCCAUAAUCGUGAGGUUGCUUCCACGGAAACCGACAGAAACCUCCGGUUCAUUCGCGACUCGCUAUUCUGCAUAGCUGCGACAGCUUUUGAACCCACAUGCUGAUAAUGACUCCCAGGGCGAUGGAAAUGGAAGUGACGAUGGUUGGUUUGCAAAAUGCUGGAAAGACCUCGUUAUUACGAGUUCUCGCUGGCGGUGAAUUCACUCUCGACUCCAUCCCCACCGUUGGUUUCAACAUGAAAAAGGUACAGCGCGGACAUGUUACCUUGAAGUGUUGGGAUAUUGGCGGCCAGCCCCGGUUCCGAACCAUGUGGGAAAGAUAUUGUCGAGGCGUGAGCGCCAUCGUCUUUAUCGUGGAUAUUGCCGAUACACCACUGAUUCCCCAAGCGAAGGAAGAGCUCCAUGACCUCAUGAGCCGCAAGUCGCUUGAGGGUAUACCACUUCUCAUCCUGGGGAAUAAGUCCGAUCUUCCGGACAAGCUUUCGGUGGAUGAGUUGAUUGACGAGCUAGACCUGAAGAGCAUACGUGGCCGUGAGGUGUGCUGCUAUGGUAUCAGCGCGAAAGAAGAGACAAACCUUGACGCAGUAGUCGAGUUUCUAAUGAAGUAUGCCACGCGACCAUAAUCAGCGCCAUAACUCGCUGGUGUGGUGGCUGUAACACUCGCUUGGGGAUGUUUCCACACCCUCUGACUCAAGAGGUAACAAGCGUCCAAGUCUGUGCUAGUUGUUCCAAUAACUGCCAGACAAAGGCUUCUUUGCUUGCGUCUCGAGCCAGCAACAGAGCACAAGACCGGCUUAUGACAAGCGAGUGAAAAGAGCAAGGGUAAACAUAUAUAAAUUCCUCUCUCACGAGCUCAUGAUUUUUCCAGAUACCUGUUGGCCCAUAUGCAGCUUUUACCGGGGUUUCAAAGACUUCUUCGCUGUUCUCAUGUCGCCACUACCCAGGUCCUGGAAAACCAUGACACUUUUCUUUGUUAAUGGACGGAGCAUAAUCUUGCAUGGUGGGAAGAAAUCCAGCACUGGCUAGAAAGGAGAAAAGGUCUUUUCCCAAGGGACGCCGUUUUUGUAUAUGGAAUUGGCGCUUGCCAUUCCUCACUGUUUCUUUUUGUUAUUCACCGGGGGCCUAGGCGCUGUUGCCAUUGUUGAUGGCGCUAUUGUUUCUGCUGCUGUUGACGAUGACGACGAUAUGAUUCUUGGAUGUUGUUUUUCUGCUUGGAACAUACUUUGAUCGAGUAAAGCAUGUGUAGUUGUCGGCCACAGCUUGUGUAAGUAACCUGCAAGCGGCUGACUAGAAACGGCUGAUGACUGAAUGAUUAUGUCGUUAUGAAAAUGUUCGUUCAGUUUUUAAGCCUGGUAGUUGAUGGGAAGACGCGUGUGUUUAUAGACAAGGGAACCAGAACCAGAACCAAAUACGAGUUUGAAUGUAUGACUGAGUUGUGUUUUGUGAGUCAAGAAUAGUGGCAAGGGAUGGACUCUUUCUGAGUUGUAUCGCCGAAACCCGUAUUGGUUGAGAGGAUAAUGAGUGACUUUAAUAGACAUUGAAUGGGUUCUCAACAUUUGACUGUUUGUUGGAAAGAAUCGAAUGUCCCAGAUGACAUGGGUCGAGUUGUCAAUGUGAGGCGGAGAAGGUCCAGGUGAUGCUUGGGUGUGGAUACUUAUCAACACCCAUUUUCACAACCAAGAGACUUUUUUCAAUACAAAAAAGCCCAAUAGGUAAACCAGAAGCUGCAGAAUAUCGCCAAAUAGUAGGCUAAAUAGAGAGAAUAAAAUCUGCAGUUCAAGAAAGUACGAAAGAAAAGAGGUGAGGGAGGGGGUUGUUGAUGAGGGAAACUCUAGGAGGCUACACACGGACCACUUGAUGCGUUGGCCAACUCAUCGCUGCAGUUGACAAGCGCCGCACGCCAGUUUUGCAGUGGCUCAUCGCCCUGUCAAUCCCGCCUCGCAUCACGCAGCGCAUCGCGUUCCCGCACGCACCCACACCCCAGCCGAGCGAACGAACUGGUGAGGAUCUGAGGUGCAGCAGGGAAGGCUAUCGUGGGUACCUCUGACUGGGUGUUGUCGUUUUCUUGAACGGCCAGGUGCUUCCGAUGAACGGGUCCCUUUCCUAGAUGGUCACUUCCAUGUCUCUAAGCCUUGUAGGUGUGAGUUAUUUCCGAAGGGUGUCUAUUCCUUGACAGUAUUGCCUGUUUCUAAGUCGGGGUAAUCCAUCGUGCUGCAGCUCAUUGCUCAAGAGAUCGUUGUUGAUAGGCGAGGAAGCAAGGACAGCCUAUACAAAUAGAACAAAUAGUAAAAAAGCUUGGCUUGGAACAAGUCUGGGCGACAUUCAGCUUUGAUACUUUGAAAGGGAUGAGCGAUUGCGAUGAGGUCAUGCUGCACACUCGGACAGCCCUCGGGAGCUCCGACCAGACGGGGACGGCGGUGAACGGAGGCGGAGCGGAGGACUCUAUCGGUACGGGGGUGGAGACGGAGUGGUAAGAUGGUUCGACAAACAGCGCAAAUGAACGUCCUAUAAAAUGUCAGUGAGCUUCAAUGGAUAGAAGCGUAAAGCGUAUUGGCACCCGAUUUGAAUAAAGUAGAAAUAGAGAUAAGAAGAAAUUAUCGUGUGGGAAAGGGUCGAGAUUAUUACUUCCUCGUACGGAAAUGAAAUGGAAUUCGAGGUUUGGAAAAAGGUGGACUCGGGCUUCUAAUUGGAGCGCCGUCAACGACUGUGAGCGAAUCGAACGUCUUGCGCUAGACGAUGGCUUUUCUGCAAAUGGACAUCCCUCACACGGCUCAAGUUCCGAAUGACUUUUGAACCCCUGAUAUGACCGACCCUGGGAUGCUUAUUGGGAGUUGACACUGAGGCUAUCGUGACUGGACCACCUGGUAGUCAAGGAGCUGAGGAGCUGCGGAGAAAGUGACGCUACGUGACGAGAAUCAGCUAGCGAUUGGAUCGCGAUGUGACUCAAUCAUCGCUUAGAUGAGAGCUGACCUCAGAAACUGAAGGUUGACGUUGCUGAUUGAGAGUUGUGAUGGUGGAGAGAAGUUGCCCAAGGGUGGAUUCUCGAUAAUGGACGGAUGCCUGACUUAGGUUAUCGUUAGCUGGGCA